AUGCGCUGCGCGCUUGCUCGACGACGCCUGGAGGAGGCUUCUAACGGGAUCUGCGAACCGAGGAGUUCAGGGUUCGCGAGCAGCUGCCGAGAGGGGACUAGCGAACCUCUGUGGAGCGGAGACCGGCUGGAGGAGACGCGGAACCUGACGUCUCGUCCAGCCUCCCCAUGUCACACACCUCUCUCCUCGUGGUUUUCCAACUGCGUUCCUGCGUGGCGUGCAAACCAUUCUGUUCUUCUCUCCUCUUCUUCGCUUCCGCCCUGCGAUGUGUCUCCGGUCUUCUCGCCCUCUGCGCGCCUUCGCGGCGCUUCCUUCCAGUCAGCUCGUAUAGAAGCGCCCAGCAGCAGCGCCGCUGCCGAGCCGCCUCCCCGGCAGCAUGCCUGGCUGUCGCCGCCUCUUAGGUGCUUGCAGCCUCGCUCUCGUGCGUCUUCUCGUGCGUCUUCCUCUCCCUCCCGAGGGCACGCCGCCGCUUCUGCGAGGCGUUUGGCGUCUUCAAAUGCGCAACAGACAGCCUCCCGGCGGUCAAACUCCUGGAGGCCGCAGAGUCCCUCUGGGACUUCGCCGAGACGCGCCACUGGGCGCCCCUGCUGUCUCCUCACGCGCUUCGAGCUCCCAGAGGCGCGCUCGGCUCCUCGUGCUGCCGCUGUCCAUUUGCAUUCGCAGCCUGCGCCUUUUUUGCCGUCUGAGUCUGAGCCCUUUCCUCUCUUGCUGAAGCCGCGGAGCCCGUUCACGCGUCUCGCCGCGCCUCCAGCCUGCCGCGCCCCCUCGCCUGCUGCAGCCGCCACUCUGCGAGAACUCGCUGCAGGGGGCAGAGAGCCGCGCAGCCCAGCCACCUCGAACUCCAAAAACCCGGUGCAGAGCGACGGAAGCGAAAGGCAGAGAGAGGACCGACGAGGCGAACGCGGAGACGCGGACAGCGUAACAAGCAAACAGCGGAGUCAGGAGAGGCGAGACGUCGAGAGAGACUUUGAGGCCGAAAGAGGGAACCGGGCGACUGCCAGCGUAGGAACCGCGGAAGGAAAGAAUCCUCGCUCACGACAGGGAAUCGAAGGAACGGCAGCCAUAACAACUUGGCGCUCGCGUUUCCGCGCGCCAGACGAGAAUGACACAUUCUUCCCACAUCGACGCGCCGACAAAGGAUUCCAAGCGUCUCUUGCGCAACAGCCACCUUCAGCGGCAUAUUCUGUCCACAGCCAACGCAUGUGGCCCUUCCGGUGGCCUCAGCCUUCUCCGUCAUCUCCCGCUCACUGUCCUCCGCUUCUUUCUUCAUCUGCACGCUCUCCCUCUGGCGCCGCGCCCCCCCCUCCGUCUGCGACGUCGUCCGCUCCGUCUGGGGGAAUUCCGCCUUCUUCAAGUCAUGUCUCAACGUCUUCGCUGUUUGAUAGGCGCGCCUCGCGCUCUUCUCCAUCGCCCUCGUCCUCUCUCCCACAGCCGUCUUCUCUCCGUCCUCCCUCUCCUCCUCGUCCCUCCUCUCUCCACUCUCCUGCGAACGGACCGCCGAGAUCGGCGUCUUUAUCUGCUUCCUCGUCUUCGCCCCCUGACUCCUCUUCUCACUGUCGCGUUUCCGCGACGUCUUUUGCUUCGCCUUCGUUGCGAUCCUCCUCUGUCUCUUCUUGCUAUCUGCGUCCUUCUCUUCCUUUGAAUUCUUCCUCACCCGCCCCAGAGUCAUUCCUGCGUUGCGCUCUCCGCUCUUCGCCCGCACGCGAGACAGGCAAGGACCCUCGGCGGGCGCAAGCCCCUCAUGAGCCUCCUGCAUGCAUUUGGCGCACCCCACGCCAGCGAGUUCCUCGCUCUCCCGUUUCGUUUUCAGAGGGCGACAAAACCUGCGACAGUGUCAGACAGCUCAGUCUCCAAGUGGCGGACAGCACAGGCGACAGCCUGCCUCGACUCGCGCGGCUGUUUCCGUCGCCGAACAGACUGCGUGCAGGUCUAGCGCUCUCUGAGCCACUCAAGCGAGAGACGCCCUCCACCUCUGCGUGCAAGUAUCAACUGCCAGGAGAGAGGACAGAGCUCUCUCCUUCUCCGCGUUUCUGCCUCGAAAAAGAGAAAAAGAGAGUAGAGGCGCCCGCUGCAGCUUCCCGCGAAGCUCAUUCUUCAGUGAGAUACUACACACCAAGUCUGCCGACGGAGAGACGACAUGCAGACAAGAGAGAAGACGCUGAGACCCCUGCGAGGGCUGCCGGGACCGUCGCGGAGGCGGAAAGGCAGUGGAGAGCUCUUGGCACAGCCUGCGGCGAGAAGAAGAGACUCGAGCUGUCGCCUUGCUCGCGCUUUUUCCAGCGCGCGAGAGAGCGAGAAAGGCGUAAGGGAGAGAAAAGCGAAAAAAGAGGAAACGAGCCGACGCGGCAGCUCUUGAAAAUCAAACCAAACACAGGAAUACCCACGACAGCAGGAGGGGUAGAGGACCUCGGCUCCCUUCUAGAGCCAGGAAUAAGCCCAGGCACUCGCUGCAGAGAAAAAGAGGAGGCAGCUCGCACGCCAGACACGCGAAAGGGGAUAGGGCACAAGCGAGCGGCGGGGAGGGGAGGAGAUGCGCCUGCAAUCGACCAGGCGCGGAGACUGGAGAGGGUGAGCGAAAUCCAAAAUUGCAGCGAAAAACGGCGUCUGCUCGAUGGAGACUGGAGGGGAGGUUGGGGGCGAGGGCGAGGAGAAUCGGCCUGGAGACUCCAGCCAAGACUGCGCGAGGUGCGCGCUAUGAAGACGGACAAACGGGAGAUCGACGAAGAGCUCUCUCCGUGCUCGCGGUAUUUCACUCGCACAAGGCAGCGAAGUCAAAACAAAGACACGCGCAGGGACCCCGAGGUCGCAUGCAGAGAGACAUCUACGCGCGAAGAGGCUGCUGUCGACAGGAGAAAACGAGGAUCCCCACUGAAGGCAGGAAACGACGAGCGGCGGAGGGGCGCUGCAUUUCCGCAGACUUGCCUAACCAACAGGACCGACACUCCACAUUCGACUAUCUACCCUACUACUCCUGCGCCUUCUUCUUCUCGCGUUUCUAUUCCUGGAUCUCCAUCUUUUCCCCCUUCUCCUCCCUCUCCGUUGGCGUUGCCCUCGUCUUCGUAUCCCUCGUCUGCUUCUCGUGUGCCGGCUCGUCGCUCUUCAGCAUUUCCUCCGCCUUCUUCUUCUCCAUCAGCAUCAUCUUCUUCCAGUUGUCGCCUCGAGAGCCUGGAGCUGCGAUCUCUAGUGGCGCAUCCCGUCGCUCUCCUCCAGGCCUCACAUAAGGGAGAGCCGCGACCCGCCAGUCUUCGCAACUCUCCUCACUACUUCAGCUCGCGUUCGCCUCCUCCCCCGCCUUCGCCCUGGCCUUCAGCUCCUCACGCCUCUGCACGGGAAGAUGCACACGUGAGAAACGCGUCCGUUGGAGCAUUUCCAUCUCCGCUUCCUCCUUCUCUGCUCGCUUCGCCUUCUCCAUUUGCCCUCUCUUGUCCGUCCUCGCCUCGUUCGCCCCCAGCCCUGUCUCCACUGUCUCCAGUGUCCUCUCUGUGUCCGCUGUCUCCAUCAAUGUCUCCACUGUCUCCGCCGCGUUCCGCGCCGCUCUCGCUUCGCCUUGCCUCCGCGCCCUCGGCCUUUUCCCCCGCAAUUCUCUCGCAAGUUUCACCAUCUUUUUCCCCCUUUGCCGCUUGUCUGCGCGCCGAGCGACGCUGCGGGCCUCGAGCAGAGGGAGCGGCGCCGACGCCGUGGGUCGGGGGCCUUGCAGUCCACGGCGCCGCUGCAGAGGCCUUAUCUGCUCAGACUGGAACCGCAAGAGACGCUUUACAAGGACAGAAAGGAGGCGCGGACACGGGGUGGCGAGAGCUAGGGGCCUGCAAAGGAGGCAGAGGAGAGGCUGCGGCACCAAAAGACAGACCGAUCAGGUCACAGCAGACGCGAGAAAACGCAGAAAAGGACGAGGCCUGUAUCCAUGGAAGAAGAGGAGAAGAGAAAGACACGGGCACAGAUAACACACGCAGAAGAAGUAGAAGCCUUAGCGAAGGGGAAGCCCUAACCCCAGGCAGAGUGGAGAAGAAAGUCAGUCGAAGGACAGAAAACACGAAGCAGAAAGAAGACAGAGAGAGCCACAACCACCGCCCUGCUGAGCGGCAAGAGAAACACGAGAGGCAACGGGCAACAGGAUGCCUCCCGCGAAGCGAGCAGAGGGGGCAGAAGCAUGCGGAAGGAGAGAGAGAAAACGAAGGGGGUCGCGAAGAGAAAAGGGACAUCGCGGAUGACGCUAGCGAGCAGAGGAAAACGGAGGAGAAGCGAAAAGAGAUAAGCGAGGCAGAGAAGACAGGAGAAUGCGCGCGAGCCACAGGACCCGAAACCGGAACUGCGGCAAGAGAGACUAAAGGAGCUUGCCUCGACGAGCGCGAGCGAGGUGGGCGCCUACUACGCAGGCGCAGUGACAGAGAAACAAGUCAAGAGACAACAAUCGACGACGCGCAAGAGAAGGUCAAACGAGACAAAGUGGAAAACGAAGCGAAAGAAGAAAAGUGCCCAGCGUCCGUGCUCGAUUGGCAGGCCGUCGCAUGCGGGUCAGUUGAAGAAGAAGAGAAGGUGGCUUCGCGAAGAAAGCUCAACUGGCAGAGAAAAAAAGAGCCUCCAACCGGCUUCGUCGCUCUUCAGCGACAAGAAGGCGGGACGGGAUCUUCUCUCAAAACCGCGGAAAAAAGUCACAUAGAUGGCGUGGAGCGCGACGGGGGGCACGGGAGAGGGGCAAGGGAGGCAGCGAAGGGCGAGCAGCGACAGGGGCUAAGGCGGCAAAUUUCAGAAGGAAAAGAGAGAGAGGGAGACGCAGGACACGUCUGCGCACAGGAGAAAGGCCAUGGCCCCGAGGCAGACCGUUGCACCGCGGUGAAUUCAGCAAACGCCGCCAGCCGGGAAGAAGCGUUUGAAAACUCUGACGGAAGGCCUAACAGUGAUAAGGAGAGACCUGCAUCCAGAGAGAGAGAAAGCGAAUCGGAUCCCAGCGAGGCCGCGACCGAGCGAGGAGACAGACAACGAUACGAACGAGCGACGCGAGGCGCAGGAGAGAAGAGCGACCGCAGACGCGAUCUGAGAGAAGCCGAAGAUGCGCGGAAGGAGGGAGUCAGAGAGAAGGAGGAGGAGGGCAAGGCACACGAAGAAGCCUCGCCGCUGAAACAGACAACUGCAAUCUCAGAUGUAAAAGAAAGUAAUCAUCUGGGCCCCUCGUUGGGGGACUUAUCCGCCGCUGAGCCCAACGGAAGCCAAAGCCCCGCGGUCGCCGAGAAGGCGACAGAACACGAAAGGAAGAAGAGACAGAUCCAGGAAGAAAACGAAAGAGGCCACGAAGCCGCAAGGCGCGCAGAUGAGAGGAAAGAAAAGGAACUCAACACAGGAACCGAACCAGGAAUCCACGAGCGAGGAGACGGCGAAGGCCUGCAAGAAGAUCGAGUCGAAGGGCAACCAGAAGAAGCGGAGGAAGCCGCACUGGAACACGGACACGAACGAGACGGCAGCAGACACGUUUCGAAGGAAGGAAAAGAGAGAGAGACAGCACCCGAGGGAAGACACAUAGAAGCGGAAACGAACACAGAAGGAAUCUGCAACCUCCAGCAAACAGAGAAAGCAGAGGUUGACCCAGCUCAACGAGGAGACGCAGAUCCUGACAAAGAGCGAAGAGGGAGGGAGGAAAAGCAAGAAAAAAAACACAGUGAAGAAAGACCUGGACACGAAAUGCGAGCUCCAGGUGGGGAUAAAACGCACUCAGGGCGUGACGAACUUCACUACGCAGACCCACACGAAGGGGAAGCAGAAAGAGGCGGACCGGUGAAGCGCGCAGCGCGAAUGAGCGAAACUGCGGAUGAAGCUGACCAUGACCGAAGAAGAAACGAGAGAGACGGAGGACGGCAACGCGCAUCUUUCAACUUUUCUCAGCUCCUUGAAGAAACUGACAGCGAGCUGAAGGGAGCUCUACACGACAUUGAGGCCUACGUCAUCUCGCUGGAGCCAUACGCGAGUAUUCGCGUAGGCUUUCCGGCCUCGCCUUCUUCCUCUCCAUCUCCAUUUCUGUUCCCAGUUGCCUCUCACUCUCCGCCCUUUCUGACCCUCUGGCCUUCGCCGCCGGCAGUCGCCGUCCCACGGCCUUUCGAGGACUGUCGAGUGCUCGAAAAAACCGAAAAAAACGCUGAAAAACUCGAAAAAGAAGAGCAAGGAAAGAGCGACACCACUUGCCGCGCUGACCCCCACUCAACAACGAUGGAAGGUGUCAAAGGAGAAAAACUUUUCCACCUGCCUAGAAACCUGCUCGACUUGCCUUCUCUCUUUGUUCCUUGUCUGCCUGCACUGAGUGCGCCGCCCUGCCUCCAAGCUGCAGAGGAAUGCAUAGAAGAGCAGUCAAAAAAGCCUCUCGCGAACGUCCUUCUGCAACCCGGCCCGUAUCCUUCUUUCUCCUCGUUCUCCACGGCUUCGCGUGUGCCGUCUUCGAAUCUCUCUCGCGCUGUGGAAUCUCUCGAUACAAGUCGCGUGCCUUCACGCUCGCCUCGUCCGCCCUCUCCUCCUGCCGACUCGGGGCGCUCCAAUUCGUCGCCCGCCAUUCCGAAUUCGUCUUAUCCUCUGCAUUCGUCUUCCUCGCCCUCCGGACCAUCAACUGGGCACGUCGCAUCUACCAGCUUCUCUUCAGCACCUUCCCUCUCUCGCGCUCUCUCGAGUCAAGCAGCGCUGUCUCUUUCCUCCUCCUCGUCUUGCUCAGCUUCAUCCUCUUCGGCAUCCGCAUUCGUCUCGCCAUCCUCUUCAUCUUCCUGCUCUUCAUCUCCCUCUUCCUCUUCAUUCUCUGCGUCUUCCUCUUCAUCCUCUUCUUCCUCCUUUCCUUCCUCUCUUCCUUUGGCUGGCUGUCCCCAGCGACCGCUCCCGGCGUCGCCCUUCUUUCCGAGCGCCUCUGCGCCUGUGGCGGCUGCUCUCUGCAGCACACAGGUAAGUAGUCAGGGCUGUCGAAGGCGGGGCUUGCCUCCGGUUCCUCCGCGCUCUUGCGGGCUGGCGCAGAGGCCACGCAAGGCGCCUAUGGCGCAUAGUUUCAGGUCGCUUUCCGCGUCGCCCUCUCCCUCUCAUGGAGUUGCCCUACGCCUCUCCUCAAUGCAUGCUGCCCACGCUCGUCUUCCAGGCGCAUCUGCUUCGCAAAGCGCUCUGCCCUUCUCGCCUGCAGCGCACGCCCCUUCUGCCUCUGGGCCGCCUGCUUCUUCUGCCUCGCCUUCCUCUCCUUCUCCGCCUCUGGUUGUCUCCUCGAGUUUACUGCCUUCCUCCUCUCCUUCUUUCCCGGGUUCGGCUUUCUCUGCUUGCUGCGACUCUUCGCCUAACGCCGCCUCGGCCGCGCGUCCUUCAUCUUCGGCAGCUCCUCUCUUGGUUCGACAGUCCGCGAUCUCCUCGCCGCGGCUCCACGCGCCGCGAUCGCUCCACGCGGAAUCGCCUGUCGGUUCGCCCCCCAGUCUCCACUCUUCAGCGGCAAACACGCCAGAAAUGCAUGCGGAGGCGCCCGCCCCUCAACGGAAAGCCUCGCUGCCCGCCGCUGCGUGCCCAGCCUCUCGCGCUUCGUCAGCAGCCUCGGGGGCCUCUCUCUGUGGAGCUGGCAUGCGUCACACCUCCGCCGACUUGCCGUCCCUGUUGGGCACCACGCCAAAGCCUGACUUUCGCGUGGCUUCGAGGGGACAUCCGCGGCGCCCUCGAGCUCUUCCUGUCGCGAUUUCUUCUUCUGCUUCCUCUCUUCCCUUCGCGGCCGAUUCGGCGGCGUCUCGUCCUUCUCCGCCUCCCGCCUCUUCCCAUUUCUCCUCUUCUUCGCUGUGUUCAGGCUCUGUGUGGAGUCCCCCGUUGCAGCAGCGGCCGCCACCGUCUUCUCAGCCUAAGAGGCAGCACCCCGCAGCCGCCCGUCAGACUCCCCUUUCCUCUGCUUCCGACACAGGCCGCCACAGUUCCUCGCCUCUCAGCUCUCCGCCUUGUUCAGGUUCACCUCUCUCGCGGCGUCCGCUUUCUGCGGCCCCUUCUCGCUCGCCGCAAACUCGUGGCGCCCCUCCUGCAGCCUCUCCCUCUUCUGCGGGGCUCUCGUGUUCUCCCUCGCCUUCCUUUGCACAUUCUUCUUCUUCAGCGCACCGCGAUGAAUCCUCGCCUUCUUCUUCUGCUUCCCCGCCGCGCUGCCCGCCCUCUCGUUCUUCUUCGCCCUCGACGCCCUUUUCUCUCAGAGCGGGCGCCGUCUACGUGUCGGGGGUCGCGCUGGAGGAGCUAGCUGCGCCUUGCAAAUUUGCGCCAAACUCCAGCGAAAGAAGCAAAGAAGAGCGCAGGUCAUCCCGCUGCUUGCCGCAUGCCCGCACGCGCUAUCACGGGGCGAAUCCCCCGCCUGGGGGUGGCGCAUCGCAGGGACGCGCCUCCCACAGCUCACAGCGUCUUUCGAGGGCAAUCACAGAGGCAGAGGAGAGACCUCAAGGAGACUCAGUUAGUCCCCGCCAGCAGAAGCUCCACACUUCGAAACCGACUUUGCCGCCGGCGCAGCGAGCGCCGACGUGUGCGGCAGCCCGCGAGAGCGAAGACGAGAGGCGCCGCGGCCGAAGCGGCGCAGCAGCGAAGAACGACCAGGGAGAGAAUGGCUCCAGAGGCGAAGACCGAAAUCGCGUAGGCAGAAGAGAAGGCACGACAGGAGAGAACGAAGACAGGCGAGGCAGAUUGGGAGAAAGGGAGAGAACGGCAGCAGAGGAGAAGAGUGCUCGCCGACGCGGAAAAGCCGAACGGCUGAAUAGAAACGGAGGCGCCCGGGGCCGCAGAGCGGAAAAGCGAAGAGCAAAGGAGGGAGGGAAAACACACGCACACGGUGAAGGAAAGAGACGCGAGAGACAAAAUCGAGACGCGGAGACGUCGACAGCAGGCGGGAGGGUGACGAGAGCGUGCACAGAGCCCUCCAGCGCUGUUCUGCAAGCCGACUCCGCAGCGGGCGGUCUGCGUGCGUCCUUCUCCCCCUUUCCGCAGCUGCCGCGCCUCCACUCGCUUGAAUCUCCCUCCUUGGGAGCGAAUCUGGAAGCGGCGAUUCAGCAGCAGCUUGCAACUCCCGAGGAGCUUUCUGACAUGCGUGUCGCCCCCCUGCAUCAUCCCUCCGCCUCUUCGCUCGCCCCUUCCUCACCGCGCGCCUCCUGCUCGGCCUCCGCUUCUUGCAUCCACGCAGAGGAAACCUGCGGUGGAUGCCUUCUUCAUGUGAGGGAGGAGGGCGGCAGAGAGAGAGAGGAACGAGAGCAAAGGACGGCAACAAGGAGACGGAGGCACGCGGAGAGGUCCUACGGGCGAGGAAGCGACUCAAAAUGGGGGGGUGAAAGCGAGGAAACAGAUCCGACGCGGCUUCCAUCAACCUCGAGCCACGGCUGCGGGCGUCCCAGCGAGGGAAAGAAGAGAAGACGCAAAGAGGAGAAAAGCCCUAAAAGCUACGCGGAUUUCGCAGCUGCAUCCACAGCCUUCCGUGGAGACGAUACGCCAGAUAGAGAGGCGCGAGACAGACAAAACUCCCGUCUUUUUUCCGCUCUGGUGGCUUGCGCGCGUUCGCUUUUCCUGCUCCCGCAAGAGGGGAUAGACCGCGGCGAAGAGACACCUCUCCAGCGCCCCGCGCUUACCCUGCGUCGAGCUUAUGAUCAAAGCCCCGAGCGGCGAUGCUCUCUCGCUGCCGGCGGCGCCUUCGGCCUCUUGCCUUCUUCGCUUACUGCCUUUGCCUCACUCUGCCGCGAUGCAGGCGUCGCCGAAACUCAGAAAGCGAGGCAGGGCCUCCAGAGAGGAGAAGCGGAAAGCGGCGUCGCCCUCAAGAGCGAUAGCAGGGAAGAGAACAGAGAAGCGGAACGUCGCAGACGCCGGGAGAGGCAGACAGAAAGCAGGAAGACGAAGCACCCGGAGAAGAAGGAGUCUGAAGGGAGUGAAGAGAGCCAAGGCGAGACAGCCGAAACAAAAUCGAAUCUGAAACAACCACGAGGAGGGUGGGACUCCUGGCUCAGACAGAAGGGCAACCGAGACUUCAGCAGCAGCUCCUCCUUCUCCUCCGCGUCGUCUCUUCAGUCUCUGGAGUUACUUGAGGACGACUUAGAGGCUCCCCCUGCGCCGUGCCUGCCUUCUUUUCUGCCUCCGGUUAGUCCUUCUUCCUUGGAUAAUUCGUCGCCUCUGCGUUCAAGUGUCACAAAGGCUCUACGUUCGCCAUCUCUUCACGUGUCGCCUGCUCCCUCGUUCCAGCGGGCUCGCCCCCUCUGCGGGACUGCUGCCUCGUUGCUCCGCGGAGGAGAAGGGGUAGGGCCCUUGGCAGCGAGACAGCCAGCGCUUGCAGCGAAAUGGGAGGCUGCUUUUUCCCCUCCAAAUCCUCAGGAAGGCCCUUGUCCCUCCUCUUCGCUUGCUCCGGUUUCGUCGCCUUCGAUUCCUUGUUCGUCGACAUCUACCCGCGCGUCGCCGCACUCUGACGCUUUGCCGCCUUCGUUGGCAUUCUCCGCUGCGCCUGCGGAUCGCAGAGAGGCAGGCGAGAAGUCCCGGCGUUCGACGGAAACAGCAAAACAAGCGAACUUCGAGUUCUCGAACUUGCUUGUUCCCCCGUCUGCGUCCCCCUGCUUCUGGUCCCCCCGCGAAGAGGCGCUUUCGCUGUUCUUCGCCUCCCCGCCGCCACCCCUUCUCCCUCUCAGCCAGGGAGACUCGACGGGCUUCAGAGACAGUCCUCCGAAGCGCCAGGGCAGGGGGGUUCCAACAGACAGCAGGAAGCCAGGGAAUGUGCAGAAGCGGCUUCAUGGCCGCGCGCAGGACUCGAAUGCAAGGCGCGCAGCACACACCGAAGAGGGGCGACAAGAAGAAGAGGACACGCAAGAGAAGAGAGAGAUCCAUGGAGCAAAGAACUCAGACAGCGGUCUACCGAGGGGCGGCGCCAGCGGCUGCAAGGCGACGGGGGAAAGCGAAGCAGGAAACGUGUUUGAGCGGCUCUUCAACUACCGGAAGCUGAAGCUCCACCACCCCCCGUCCCUGCGAGAGAGCAAGAGACAAGCUAGAUGGAUAGAAGACGAGAGGAGACGCAGACAGCAGGAGACCGCGGAGUGCACGUUUCGCCCGAAUAUAAGCCGGUCCCAACGGACGGUGUCGGGCCUACGUGCGCGCGCCACAGAGAGGAUUCAUUGCUGUCUGUGCUGUCUGUCGGCCGAGGCUGAAGGCAGGCCCUCGAGGCGAGUGGUGGAGGAGGGCGAGGAUGAAGGCAGAAGGGAAGCAUCGCGAAAGACUGACGCAAAGAAGGGGACGAGGAAAGAAGUCAGUCAGCAAGAGGAUGACAAAAAACGAGAGAGGCGUGAGAAAGGAGCUUCCAACGAACGCAGUGAUAGGCCCUCGGAGUCGUGUAGGGAGCGAAAGUCGAUCGGGAAAAGAAUGCGGCACAAAGGAGAGGCUGAGAGACGCAGCGGUUCAGAUACGGAGGCCGCUGCCAGCGAAGAAAGGAAAAGACUAUCGGACCUCCAGGAGAAAGAAUCGCAGAGACACGAAACGAGCGACGGGGGGCAUCGACAGAGAGGGAACGGGCGAGAGCGAGCUGCGCACAAGGAAGAAAAACGUAGCCUGAGAAGCACAGCGAAUGGAGGGCGAGGAGACGCCCAUGAAGUCGAGGACUCGCGGGAGGAGGAGAAAAAACGGCCGAAAUUGCAGUCGAAACGAGAGGGCGUCGAACGCGAUGGACAGAGCCCUGAGAGGAGUUCCAGCGGAGCUCGGGAGCCGGAGGGAGAGAGCGUGCGAAGCGGAUUCAAAGGCGACGGCGGCCGUAGAGACCAGGAGAAGAAGCAACUCCGCGGCAAAACAGUGGAAGAAAGAAAAAGAAGAACGAGACUCGAGACUCAAGGUGAAAGGCAGAGAGAGGCUCGCGAGGGCAGAAGGGCCGCAAUCUUUUCAGCCUCACGGUCGCCGCGAGAUGUAGAAUCUCCUCUUCAGGCCUCGAAGAAGAAGAAAUCGAAACGAGGACGAGAGCGCGAGACCUGGAAAGGAGUUUGCAGCACGGCUGAAGAAGAGUCAAAACGUGCCUCUUCCUCGGAAGAUCUAACGCGAAUCUCAACUCGUGGGCAUGCCGAGAGAAGAAGAACUUUCUCCUCUGCUCAUACACCUGGUCCUAUCGAGCUGCAGGAACCGCCCCACUGUCGCCGUUCGACACAGCAAAUGAGCGAGAAGGCUGCAUAUAAUUUCUCUGUCGAUGGAGGCAAAUCGGUCUCUCCUUUGCCUCGAGGAAAGGCCGCGCACAAGAAGGAGCCAGCAGAGCACGCUAGAAGGCAGGAGGAAGAAGAACAGAAGGAAGAAGUGCCGUGUGCAGACAAAGAGACUGAAGAGACCCGGCACCACACGGAGUUGAAGAAGAGAGUCACUUCGAGUUCAAGCGAGCGAGACGACGCAGAGAAGGAGAGUGAAAAGGAAAUGUAUGCGUCAAAUAGAAAGAAGAUAGGCUGCGUCACCGAGAAAGCGUGUGCGCAUAAGCGAGCGCUUGCCAACUCUCAAACAGAAGCCGUUUUAUCCACCGAAGAGAGUUGGGAGGCCGCGGAGGAAACAGCUGAAUGCGGAGGCAAUGAGGGAAAUAAUGAACAAGAAGCAAGGAUUUCUGCGGACAGGCAUUCCUCCCUUUCUUCUCCCUCUUCUUCUUCCCGCGGCUCGGGGUCUGACCAGCCAGCCCUUGCGUCGCCGCCCACAUCUGGAGGCGAGAGCGACACCAGACGAGAGGAGACGCCAGGAGAAGAAGAGAAAGAGGGAACGCCGUUAGCACACCGAGGAGGCCGAGCCGGGACUGUCUCGGGAGCUCGAGGACCGACAGGAUCCGCCACCGGAGAGGAGGCAAAGAGAGAGGGAGAGGCGGAAGAGGGGGGGCAGUCCCGGAGAAACGCGAGGAACAAAGGCCGCGCGGCGACUACGCGGUCGUCUGCAAGCGCGCGCGAGAACGACGUUCCUCGCACGCAAUUUGCUGAGUCCGGUGCUGCGCGCGAUGCGACAUCCCGCUCUCUCACCUCCUCUCCCUCUCCUUCCUUCCCUUCCUCUCCUCAGAGCCCGCCUGCUCGCAGGCGUCACGCCUCGUCCCCGGCGCAGCGCCGCCCGCCCUUUUCUUCUCCUUCGUCUUCUUUUUCUUCUCUUUCUUCUUGUGUUGCUUCUUCCGGAGCCUCCUCUCGUGCGUCCUCCUGUCGCCCCUGCUCGGCUCUGCGCGGCGCGUCAAGUUCCCCGCGCAGGCCGCCAGACUCCGAGGGCGGGUGUCAUACCAGAAGCGGCUCGCCUUGGUCUUCGCUGUCGCAGGAAUCAAACAGCAGCGAGGCGUCAGAAGGCCUUCCCCGGGGCGAAGGGGAAGAGAGCAAAACCUUCGAGAAGAAAAACGAGACCUCAUCCUGCGCGAACAGGACGAGCAGGCUGGAAUGCGAAAAAAACAGACAGAGCGAAAGACUGCAGAAGUCGAGAGCGGAGACUUCUGCCUGCGCUGAGAAAAGGCGGCGCCCGCCAGGCGGGGGCGCCAGCGACCGAGUCGCCUCCGCUCUCUCUUCGCGCUGUCUCGGGCGAGACCGUAGCGAGGAGAGAGAGCCGAAAGAAAGCCGAGCGUGGCGAGGAGGCGAUACAGACUUUGAGGAUGCAAGACAGGGAGCGCAAGAGAGAAGCGAGGGAAACGACUGUGGGCCCCAAGAGGAGAGAUGCACGAUGAGGAAAGGGGAAGUAGGAGAGCGAAGACAAGAGACGAGACUUCGCGAGAAAGAAAGCACAGAGAGAGACCGCGGCACGGAGGCCUCUGCGGGAGCGCGCCGCGUCCUCACUCGCAGUUCUACGGGCGUUUGGAGCGCGGCGGGAAAGUCGAAAUCAAAAGAGGAGGCAGGAAAAGAUGCGGCCAGAGAGGCGCUCGCGAGCUCGACUGAGAAGCGCGGCGCGGACCGAACAGCCGCCUCGAGGUCGCUGCGCGAUGUCUUCCGCCGCAGCCGAAAUGCGGCGGUGCGGCGCUCUCCAGACACACAUCGCGCGGCAGGCAAACUCACAAACGAACCCGCAUGCGAAACUCGCUGCGAAAAGAAUCCUCUCCACGCCGCACGCGACAGCAAGCGCUCCUUCGAGAGCAGGGCGCUCUGCGUCGCGCCACCACCUUCGACGAAGAUUCCUUCAGCGCCCGCGUCUGCCUGUGGGAGAUGCGCAGGCGAGGCGAGACACCCCCGUGCGCGGCGAAUCGGGCGAAACCUGGAGAUCGUGCCUCGUGAGAGCCCCGGUCGCGGCGGAGCCUCUGCGAACUCCCUCUGGCCUCCAGAGACACCUGGCGGUCGCGGGGCGAAGCACGCGGCCGAAGGCGGGGGAGAAGCGCGAAGAGGCCACGAGCAAGCGCUCCAGGUAGCAGGGCCACUCUCCGUUCGGCGGAUGCCUGCAAGGUUCUCUGGGAGCAGCUGGGCGCUUUCCGCGUCCUCUGCGUUUGCGCGGGAGUCGCUGAGAGACCUGGUGCUCAGCCAGAGCGAGGAGACAGGCAGCCGGGAAGCCGGCGCGUCGAGGCCCACAGCGGGCGGCAGGCGCCUUGGGCUCCGAGGCUCUGGCGCGCAUAACGCCCGCACGCUCUUCCUCUCCCGGUCUUCUCCGUCGCUGGGGGCGGCGGGACGCCGCGCAGGUCCACUAGAAAAGAGCGCACGGACCAACGAACCCCAUGCGGAGGGCGGGCGAGGCGGCAUCCCGCUGGCGGCAGGAAACAGGCGCUACCCACGACGCACAGUGAGCUGCGACAGUCAUCUCCACCACGUCUCUCGCGGCUUCGCGCUCCCUCCCAAUUCUGCGAGGAAAAGAGACAGCGGAGGCCCCCUCGGUGCCGGAGGAGGACACGAGGAGGAAGCAGGCCAACGCGGAGAGGCGAGCCCUCUCGCCCUACUGACACGAUGCGAACUCCGCAGAGGCGGCAGCGGCCUGCGGACUGUCUCGCCGUCUCCGCCCUUCACGGGCGUCCUCAGAACUGCAGCCGCGGAUCGAGACGCACGUUGGCGACUGCUGCUCGAAGACGAGGGCAGAGGCGCCUGCUUUCGGCGGUUCUGUGCGCACGACGAAAAGACGCGCUUGCCUCUUCGUCGGACGGAAGCCAGAGGGGGCGAAGCAGAACGCAGAGGCAACGACCGGCGAGGCAAUUUUGUCGGGCUCCACGACAGCCACAGGAAGUGCAAACUCAGAGAAGUCUUUUCCUUCAAGCCGACGCUUUUCAGGCAGCGCCAGAGCCGUGAACCGAGCGCCUCCCUCCUUUCCUUGCUGAGGAACGUCGACACAGCUCGCUUGUACUGCGCCCAAGUUGCUCAACUGAGGCACUGCGCCGAGGAGAAGCGACGCCUGGCUCUCGAGCUUCGCGAACUUGAAGCUCUCAAGGAAUGCACUUUCAAACCCAGCCUUAGACCGAGCUCCGCUCGCUUUCCUGCCUCAAGGACUUUCCUUCCAUCGGCCGCCUCUCCACGCUCGCCUCGCUCCUCUCUCCUCGCUGCCGAGGGAAGCCACGACUCCGCGUUAGAAGCCGCCCAGGCGCAGCUUCGCGUCUCCCGCAGUCUCCUCUCUUCCUCUGCGCGUUCGCAUGCCUUGUCCUCUUCCUUUUGCCCUGCAAGCUCGGCAAAGCCGCUCGUGGCGUCUGCCUCGUCGUCUCUGGGUCCUCUGGCCUUCGAUUCCGCGACAUCUCUCUCCGCGCCGCCGCCCUCCCUCUCCUCGCUUUCUUCGGUCGGCUCGGCUCGCUCCCUGCAGAGGUCUUCGAGCUCCGAAGAGUUCUCCUCUCGUCCCUCGGAGUCGGCUUCUCCCUCUGCUGCUUCUGCCGUUUCUUCUUCAGUCGCUCGCGCGGCGCCCGCCUCCACUGCGGCCGCCCUCCGCACUCUCGGAGCCGCUUCAGCCACAUCGCUGUCGCCGAGCAAGGACUCAGAGGCGACACGGCAGGGCCCUGAGGGGAAGGUGCGCUCGCUGCUGACAAGCGGAGAUCGCGGCACUCCAACCGCCCUUCCCGCACGAACUGUCUCUUCGGCCUCGGCUAUCAGCGGCAGCCACGCGCAUGCAUGCAGGCAGCCAAGCGAACAGGACGCUUGCGCAGAGAGGGGAAACGAACCAAGAGACAGAGGCUCCCACAGAGCCUUUGCCGACGACGGCGAGAGGCAAGGUUCCUCUGCCGGAGGAGAAGCAGAGGGCUCCAGAGGAAAGUCCGUUGAGACCCUGACCGCCCCAUUGAGACCUAGACCCGCCCGUGCCUAUUCGUCCCUCUUUCGCGAGUGA